AGAGUUUUCAUCUCCGAUUCAUUAUCUAGGAACUGGAAGGCCGUUUGCAUUUGAGUGUAUCAACUCUAAGAAGACCCGGCUGAGUACAGAAGACCGAGUAGAAUUAGAGAAUUUUAUUAAUUCACAUCACGAGGCUGUCCAAGUUAACUCUAUAGAUAUAGUAUCAAAAGCUUCAAUUAAGAUUUUGAAGCAAGGAGAAGAAGAAAAAAGAAAAAGAUAUAUGGCGCUGUGUGUCACCAAGGAAAACGUUGAACCAAGUAAGUUGAAGGAACUGGAGAACCUAGAAGACCUUGUACUACAACAGGAUACUCCGGUAAGAGUUCUUCACAGACGCAGUAACGCCACAAGGGAGAAAACUAUUCACAGCAUGAAAGUUGAGCCCAUUUCAGAAACACUAUUCAAGUUAGCUGUGAUAUCAUCGGCUGGAGCCUACAUUAAGGAGUUGGUUCACGGAGACUUUGAGAGAACCAAACCCAACCUGAGAACCUUGCUUGGCGUGGAAACUGAUAUUCUUGCGCUAGAUGUUGAAGAAAUUUAUCUGGAUUGGCCCAAGAUGAACCAGGACACUGUGAAGACGACAAUCACGUAGUUGUUCGCUUUUUUGUUAUUUUUUUGCUUGAAUUAAAUAUGGUUAAAAAAAUA